AUGGGGCGGCCGCCGUGCUGCGACAAGGCCAACGUGAAGAAGGGGCCGUGGACGGCGGAGGAGGACGCCAAGCUGCUCGCCUACACCUCCAACCAUGGCACCGGCAACUGGACCUCUGUUCCCCAGAGGGCAGGGCUGAAGCGGUGCGGGAAGAGCUGCAGGCUGAGGUACACCAACUACCUGAGGCCCAACCUCAAGCACGAGAACUUCACGCAGGAGGAGGAGGAGCUCAUCGUCACCCUCCAUGCCAUGCUGGGAAGCAGGUGGUCUCUGAUCGCGAACCAGCUGCCGGGGCGGACGGACAACGACGUCAAGAACUACUGGAACACCAAGCUGAGCAAGAAGCUGAGGCAGCGGGGCAUCGACCCCAUCACCCACCGCCCCAUCGCCGAUCUCAUGCAGAGCAUCGGCACCCUCGCCAUCCGCCCGCCACCGAGCGCCGCGGGUGCCUCCUCCUCCUCCUACCUCCCCGUGAACCCACCGGCGGCGCCGGGGCUCCAGCCGCUGCACGACGACGUCAAAUACCACACAGUCCUGAACCAGCAGCAGCAGCAGGUCAUCACGCUCCUCGACCCCGACGCGCCAGGGGCGGCGGCGUCCCCGGAGCACCAGCUCAAGUGGAGCGACUUCCUCGCGGACGACGCCGCGGCCCUCGAGGCGGCGCCGCAGGUCGUUCUUGGUCAGUACCAGGAGGCCGCGGUCGCUGGUGGCGGAGCACACGCGUAUGGCGACACUGACAGUACUGCAGCCGAUGGUGUCGGCGGGGGCGGGGACGAUAGCGCAGCGUCAGCGUUCAUCGACGCGAUGCUGGACAGCGACAAGAAGAUGGGCGUGGACCAGCUCAUCGCCGACCUGCUCGCCGACCCGGCAUACUACUACGGCGGAGGCUCUUCCUCUUCGACGUCGGAGCUGGGGUGGGGCUGUUGA